AUGGCCCAUCAAGCACACCCCUUCCACAUAGUUGAUCCAAGCCCCUGACCCCUAACCGGAGCCGCAGGAGCUAUACUUACAGUCUCAGGACUUGCAAUAUGAUUUCACUUCCACUACACCUCUCUCCUCUUUAUAGGACUCACCCUUCUGGUUUUUACAGUCAUCCAAUGAUGACGAGAUGUCGUCCGAGAAGGAACCUUCCAAGGUCACCACACACCCCCUGUACAAAACGGCCUUCGAUUUGGUAUAAUCCUUUUUAUUGCCUCAGAAGUCCUUUUCUUUGUUGGAUUUUUCUGAGCAUUCUACCACGCUAGCCUCGCCCCAACUGUGGACCUAGGCAAUACUUGACCCCCAACAGGAAUUACCCCGUUAGACCCAUUUGAAGUGCCACUACUCAACACGGCCGUUCUCCUGGCGUCGGGAGUAACAGUUACUUGAGCUCACCACAGCAUUAUAGAAGGAAACCGCCCGCAGGCUAUUCAAUCCUUAGCCCUAACUAUUCUCCUAGGUCUAUACUUUACUUUCCUUCAAGCCAUAGAGUACUACGAAGCCCCCUUCACCCUAGCUGACGGAGUCUACGGGACUACCUUCUUCGUAGCCACAGGGUUCCAUGGACUACACGUUAUCAUCGGAACAACCUUUCUUAUCGUUUGUCUCCUCCGACAAACAGAACAUCACUUUACAUCAGACCACCACUUUGGUUUCGAAGCAGCUGCCUGAUACUGACACUUUGUAGACGUAGUCUGACUAUUCCUGUAUAUCUCUAUCUACUGAUGAGGAUCUUAA